UCACUCACGACUCAUCUAUCUCGUCUUCACCAUUCUUCUCACUUCUUCUUUUCUCCUUAUAUUUCAUUUCGUCCACAUAACUAAAAAAAAGGAAUUAGCGAUGAGAGGAAGUGGCGGAGAAGAAGGAUCGGAGUCGAGAGUUGCACUGUUGAAAAGUUCUCACACGGGGGAAGAAGACGGUGAAGGAUUGAAGAAUAGAAUUUUGGUUGAGACAAAAAAGCUAUGGCAAAUCGUUGGACCGGCCAUAUUCAGUCGACUAACGACAUAUUCGAUGCUUGUCAUCACUCAAGCUUUCGCUGGUCAUCUCGGCGAUCUCGAACUCGCAGCCAUCUCCAUCGUUAAUAACGUCACCGUUGGCUUCAACUUUGGCCUCUUGCUUGGAAUGGCGAGUGCGUUGGAAACGUUGUGUGGACAAGCGUUUGGAGCGAAGAAAUAUUAUAUGUUGGGUGUUUAUAUGCAGCGUUCUUGGAUUGUUCUUUUCUUUUGUUGUGUCUUGCUAUUACCAACUUAUAUUUUCACAACUCCGGUUCUCAAAUUUCUCGGUCAACCGGACGAUAUUGCUGAGCUUUCCGGUGUUGUCGCCGUUUGGGUCAUCCCUCUUCAUUUCGCCUUCACUUUGUCUUUUCCCCUUCAACGUUUCCUCCAGUGCCAGCUCAAAAACCAAGUGACUGCGUAUGCCGCAGCCGUUGCAUUGGUAGUUCACAUUUUAGUGUGUUGGUUGUUCGUGGACGGACUUAAACUAGGAGUCGUCGGGACUGUGGCUACGAUUAGUAUCUCGUGGUGGGUCAAUGUUCUUAUUCUAUUGGUUUACUCUACUUGUGGCGGUUGUCCACUUACUUGGACCGGCCUCUCCUCUGAAGCCUUAACCGGACUUUGGGAAUUCCUUAAACUCUCUGCUUCUUCCGGCGUCAUGCUUUGUUUGGAGAAUUGGUAUUAUCGGAUUUUGAUUAUAAUGACUGGGAAUCUUCAGAAUGCUCGCAUCGCCGUUGACUCCUUGUCCAUAUGCAUGGCGAUAAAUGGUUGGGAGAUGAUGAUACCUCUCGCUUUCUUCGCCGGAACCGGUGUUCGUGUGGCGAACGAAUUAGGAGCUGGUAAUGGCAAAGGAGCAAGAUUUGCGACGAUUGUCUCAGUAACACAAUCGUUGAUAAUCGGAUUGUUUUUUUGGGUGCUAAUAAUGCUUCUCCAUAACCAAAUCGCAUGGAUCUUCUCUUCGAGUGUAGCCGUCUUAGACGCCGUUAAUAAACUUUCACUUCUGUUAGCUUUCACCGUUCUUCUUAACAGCGUUCAACCGGUUCUUUCCGGUGUGGCUGUUGGAUCGGGUUGGCAAUCGUAUGUGGCAUAUAUAAACUUGGGAUGUUACUAUUGCAUUGGUGUUCCACUUGGGUUUCUCAUGGGCUGGGGUUUUAAACUCGGCGUCAUGGGAAUUUGGGCUGGUAUGAUUUUUGGAGGAACAGCUGUUCAAACAAUGAUCUUAGCUUUUAUUACAAUGAGAUGUGAUUGGGAAAAAGAGGCGCAGAAAGCAAGUGCUCGUGUUAACAAAUGGUCCAACACAAUAAAAUGAUUCAAGAUUUCGUUGGGUCAAUUUUGCAGCAUAAUUUUGUUUUGGAAAACUGGUAUAUGUUUGUAUCGAAAUGUGAUACAAUAUCUUAGAGCCGGUUUAUAAAAUUACAGAUGGUCUCUGUAAACUGCAAUUACUGCAACAUGGCCUUUGUGAUUUUCUUUUUAUAGCAUGCCUUGUAAUAUUAUUAGUAAAAUGGCUAAAUAUUG